UAACAUUGUAGACGGUAAAUUAUACCUGGACUUCAAUGUAUAAAAUGAUGUGAGUUGACCACUGUCGAAUAUAUGUUUCAAAUGAGUUAUCCCAUAGAAUUUCCACUUAGAGGCAUAUUCUAGCUUGGCUAGUUCUGGUAAUGCCGCAUUAUUCCAUAUGGGACUAUAUCAGGGGCGGACUGACCAUUUGGAAACUCGGGCACUGCCCGAGUGCCCGGGGUCAGUAGGGGGCCCCAUGAGAUGCCCCUGGUACCAUUUUCAUAGCUUUUUUGAGUUUGGGCAAGGACACAGGGGCCCCAUGAUCCCCUAUUGCCCGGGGGGCCCC